AUGAGCAGCAGUAAUUCAUCAUCAUUGACUUUUGUGUUUCAGCAACAACCAGAAGAUGCAGUCAAGCAAUUUCUGAUGGAAACACUCGAGAGAAAGGAACUGCCCAAAGGAUCUCUGCAGGAUAUACUAAAGGAUGGCAUUCUGCUAUGCGAAUUGAUCAAACGAUUCUCGCCUAACGAAUGCAUCAUCAAAAACGAAGGCGGCACCAUCUUUGCAUAUCAAGACAACAUUGGGCAGUUUCUCCGAGUUGCCGAGAGUCUUCAUAUACCCCAGUCUGACUUGUUCCAAACUGUAGAUCUAUUAGAAGGAAAGCGAAUGCAGAGCGUGAUUUCUUGCCUUUUAGCAAUCAAACGCAUCAUGAGCGAAAGAAAAGUAAUACCCACGAAACCCACAUCAGAGUUUCUGACGACAGGCAGAAAGAGUGGUAGUCGCAAUUCUCACCUGUUGCUUACACCUUCAUCACCUCCAGCAGCAGCUACCUGUAACGGCAAUGCAUACAAUGUGUUACAGGCCAACAAACACGGUAACACUUGUCGCCCCAGCUAUCAAAAGCGUUUCUCAAAUUCAUCCUUCAGCGACGAAAAGAAGCUGCUGCCUUCACCACCCACUACGCCACCCACUGCAAAUACCACCGCUGCACACCAAUACCUGCUGCACACCAAGGCAAAAAGCGCCAGUGUGCCUUAUAUCCCAACUAGUAGCAAAAACAACACGAGCUGUGAAUGGCCCAAGCAAUCUACUAAUGCACGACGAAGCUCGGAGUUUACUGGCGAUGUAAGGAAGAUAUCCUUGGAGAAGAGAUUCCAGCAAAAGAGCACCAGUAGCGGAAACAAGGGAGGAAGUGGAGCAGGAGGCUAUGUCAAAUCUCAAGUGCAUAUGAUUACUACCAACAGCCACCUGGCAGUGGCAGAACCCAAUGUAGUCUCAGUGAAGCGAUACUCUGCUUCUGACAAUACCAAUGAUAUGACGACUGAGAAAAGUAAAGCUGCUAAAAGUAGCAGCUCAAUGCCAAUGCCGAAGCCCUCUAAAUCGACACCCUUAGUAGCAGCUACCAAUGUCACUGCAACAGCCAAGACAACUGCUCCCAAGAAAAAGACCACAGCUGAUAACAAGAUGAAGCAUUAUACGGAUUACAAUAAUAGAAAGACAUCGCUAAAGAAGAUGGGAUCUUGCGCUCUCACAGUGGAAAGCGACGAUGGGACGUCUGCAGUUUAUGCUUUGGGAAAAAGCAUUGGCAAAGGUCAAUUUGGAGAAGUAUUUGGUGGCCUCAACAUGGACACUGGAGAAUACGUAGCCAUUAAGCGCAUCAAGAGAAAUCAGAUGGAGUGUGAUGAUAUGAACGAAGUAGGUGUCUUGAAACAUCUCAAUAGCGAGCACAUUGUAAGAUACAAGGGCUUUUGCAAAGACAAAGAGUACAUGAACAUUAUUUUGGAGUACGUCGAGAUGGGAUCGCUGCACAACAACAUCAAGGCAUUUGGCAAGUUUCCAGAAAAACUAGCAGCUUCCUAUACCUACAAAAUCCUGUCAGGGCUCCAUUAUUUGCACUCAAAAGAUGUGAUUCACUGCGAUUUGAAGGCAGCAAACAUCUUAAUUACAAAAACAGGGGGUCUCAAAUUGACCGAUUUUGGUGUUUCCUUGAGUCUAAAGAUGAAGGACGAUGAGAAUACAGGCGAGCCUGCAGGAACACCCAACUGGAUGGCUCCUGAAGUCAUCAAAUUUGCUGGAGCGUCCGCUAAAUCAGACAUCUGGUCUCUCGGCUGCACAAUUGUAGAGAUGCUGACAGGCAAGCCACCAUACGCAGGCAUUCCAUCAUUUGCAGCGCUAUAUCGCAUCGUAGAAGACGACGAGCCACCUAUCCCAAAGAACAUUGCACUGUCUGAGGAAGCGAGAGAGUUUUUGUUGGCUUGCUUCAAAAAAAACCCAGAAGACAGACCAAGUGCAUUUGACUUGAUGCAGAUGAAGUGGAUGGAGGCUUACUUUCAGCAAGACCCAUCAUUCUUGUCGCUCCCCAGUGAUGAAAGACAGACAAUCACGAAGAGCAAGAGCGAGACAAGUCUAGAGCCAAGUACGAACCGUAAUGAUUUCUUAACACAUCAGUUUGUGGACUACCAAACAUAUCAAAAAGGAGAGGCAUGCUGUGGAUGCAACAUUCAAAUGAAGCGAUUGUGGGUCAAAAACUGCCAAGAUUGCCAGCUGAAAUUCCAUCCGCACUGCAUUAACAAAGCACCAUUGUGCACCAGAGGAUAUCACAUCAGCUCCACAUUCAUCAAAUCCACUGCACCAGACGAAAAGAAGAGAUAUACACCAUUGGGCCCACUGAACACCAAUUUCAAAAAGACAUACCUUCCAGUUAUAAACCCUGAUAACAUGGCAUCUCGCAAAUACCAUCAAUACAAAUCCGAGGGAUAUGCCACGAGUAAGAAUGAUACAAACAGAAGAAAUAUGGCAUCUUCCAUCAUGACCUGA